UUUCUGUUUGUUUAAAGCCAGCAUUCUUGUUGCUGAUGCUGGGUGAUCUGCAGUGUCUUUCUCAGGCCUGAUCAUAGACAGCUUGCCCUCUUAAGCUAGUGUUUUUUCAAGACCUAAAAGCUCAAUUAGAUAAUUUCUGGAGACGUCUUUUUAACAGGGUCCUUAACUAACAGAAUAUACCAUUCUCAUUAUGUGAGUGACAAUGUCUUUGCCUUGACAACAAUCUGCAGCCGUAAAGCAAAUUUAAUUAUCAAACAAGAAGAUUGGUGACAGCUAUCAUUGCAUAUAUUGUUUACUAUAAUAUAUGGGAUUCUUCCCUGGAAACCACAGAGAUGGUAUUUGCCUGGUCUAACAGUAAAUAAUGAGAUAGACUACAAUGGAUUUUAGUACCUCAUCGGUGUUUGAUCAGCACAAAGGUGAUUCGGCAGAAGAAAUUGACCUGACUGUGGUUUACCAAGCAGCUGCUAAUGGCGACGUCAACACACUAACUGCAGUGAUUCGUGAAGAUCCUUCAAUAUUAGAAUGCUGCGACAGCGAGGGUUGUACCCCCUUGAUGCAUGCUGUUUCGGGACGCCAAGUCGAUACAGUGAAAUUGCUGUUGAAGAUGGGAGCAAAUAUUAAUACUCAAGAUGCCUGUGGACGCACCAGUUUAUCUCUUGCAACAUAUAUGGGGUGGCUUGAAGGCUGUGUCAGUCUGCUCCGAAAUGGUGCCAAGCAGAACAUACCUGAUAAAAAUGGGAGACUGCCACUGCAUGCUGCUACCGCAGAGCCUAAUGUGAGGCUUCUAACAGUGCUGCUGCAGCAAUCGCAUCUAAGUGACAUUAAUCAUCGGGACAAUGAGGGAAUGACUGCACUUCACUGGGCUGCUUUCCACAAUCGGCCCCAGCAUGUGCAAACCCUACUGCAGAAAGGAGCAGAUCCAACUCUGGUGGACAAAGACUUUAAAACAGCUCUUCACUGGGCAGUACAGAGUGGAAACAGGAUUCUGUGUUCCAUCAUUCUGAACCAUCACCAGGGUUCAUCGAUAAUAAACUAUGACGAUGAGAACGGGAAGACGUGUAUGCACAUUGCUGCUGCUGCAGGUUACAGUGACAUUAUCAGCGAGCUGGCUAGAGUCCCGGAGUGCAAUCUGCAGGCCCUUGAUGUGGAUGACAGGACGCCUCUACACUGGGCUGCAGCAGCAGGGAAAGCUGACUGUGUACAGACGCUGCUGCAGCUGGGGAUAGAUAGCAGCUCUCGGGACAUCAAUGAAAACACUCCUCUGACAUAUGCAAUGUACUGUGGGCACACAGCGUGCAUCAAGCUGCUCUCUCAGGAGAACAGUAGAUCGGAGCCAGUCCAUCACCCUCCUUCACAGAACAAUAAAAUCCUAAAGAAGGAAGCAAGAUUCAGUAUGCUUAACCAAAUCUUCUCCUGCAAAAAGAAGAAAGAUGAUCAGAAAACAAACCAGAAAGACAGAGGCAGAGACAGAUAUCAAAGGGAAGAGACCUCGGAAGUUGAUGACAUUAUCACUACGUUUGAUUGCAUUAUGGACACAAACUGUAAAGACAACUCCGAGGAAUGUAUGUCCACUGUUGACUUUAAAAGAAGGAGCACAGACACCCAGAAGUACCUCAUAUCAGAAAAGAAGCAGCCAGAGUGUAAUGGACUUCCUCCAAUAAGAACACAAAGUCUCCCCCCCAUUACUAUAGGCAAUUCUUUUCUAACAACUUCCCAGAGUGCAACUUCAAGUGUCUCCUUGGGUGCUAAUGCCUACCAUUUUGCACACAGAUCUCAGAAAAGUAGAAGUGAACAUGACUUGUUAGAUCACAGAAGUAGCUGCCAGACUUUAUCAGACAAUCCUUGGAACACAGAUGCUAACCAAAUACUCUCGUAUAAAGUCUGUACUGCAACUUCUUCAGAUAAACUGAUAGAUGGUUUGCUCUCUGAAAGAUCCAGCCAUGUGCUUUUGUGCCCUCCCCACCUUCCCUAUCUGCCUAGUUCUCCAUCAGGGAAAAGUUUUCAACAGAUGUCCCUAGACCGACCCAAAGUAAAAGACCUUACUCCUGUACGGAACAAUCUAGCUCCCAUACCAGACCACUGUGUUCAGAAAAUCCAGCUACCACCUACUGAAGUUUCUCAGGGUGUCAAGAAGUCAAAGUCUCUGUCUUUAAACUCCUUAAGGACUGGCACAUCUAUACUCCCACCAGCACUUACCUCCAAAUCCCAGAGAGGAGGACUUUCUCAAAGUCAUUCACUGCAUUCCUUCUUACCAGUUCUAUCGGGGGACUCUCUCAGAACAAGCCGUGUCCUGCCUGCUAUCCCGAGCCAGAAGGGGUCCACUCUCACAGUGGAAUACUUUAAGAAAUCUUCCAGCAAAUCAGACAGUGAAAAUUAGCUCAUCUUGCUGGCCUCAAACACAUAGAUGGAAAUAUUUCUAAGCUUUUUAUUACAAGAUUAUUUAUUAUACAGUAGAACCUCGCUAAUUCACACUAAUGAAAGCUGAUGUGAACUAGACUGUUAAUGAUUAAACAAUUUAAAAAGCAAGGAUACUGCAUCACACACAGUAUUUUGUACAUUGCGUUGACAUUUUUAGUGUCAUUUUAAUUUAUUAUUAAUUUGAUAGUAAGUAGUGAAUAUACUGUAGUAUAUUUUGUGAAAGGAGACCCUAAUAACACACAACCCCACUACAGCACUGUGCUAUUAAAUCUUUGCUGAGAAGUAGGGCUAGAAUGCCAGGAUUUGUGUGAGAGUCAUAAGAUGUUUGGAUCAGUGAAACGUAAGUUUGUGAGGUUUUACUGUAGUUCACAAAGCAAAGGCUCUGAUGCUGAAAACCAAUUUUUUUUAAAACUAAAAUUCUGAACUCUAAAGAAACAUCAGUUUUGGUAAAUCAGCUGUUAUUUUCCAAUUUAUUUCUAACACAUUUUCUACACUGUGAAUUUGUGAUUUUUGUGAUCUCCACAUGCCAAAAAAAAAUGUAAUACAAAAAAAAAAUCUUUGCAGGACAGACAGGGACAUACCACAGGCCUUUCAAAAUGUUUGCUGAUUGCACAGAUUGAUUUAUGUAUCUGAUUUACUUAAUACUUUAUAUUCUUCAAUAACAAGACACUAUUAUUUUCAUAUAACAAGGAUAAUUCAAUCAGAUCGGUGUUAUUAGCUGUUAUUUCAUCAAUUUAAUCCUUCUGAUCUACAAAUUAAAAAAAAUCAAAACUGAAAGCCUUUUAAUCAACAGUAAUUUGAGUUGCAUUAUAUGGGGGUAUGCUCUAUGGUCUUCUGCAAAACAUUUUCUAACACUGUACUUCAUUGGAGGCUGUCAGAGUUAGUCAGGAUAUGAUUGCUUCAGGGUGCUCUUGUCAUUACUUUCCCAUAUUACAGUCUUCAGCUAACAAUCUACUUCUCCAUUUCCAGUAAAAUACGUGGGUUGAUUAGCUCCAAAUCCCACCCUGCCAAUGAGAAUGGAAUAAGCACUCCCAAGUAGUUCUAGAUACAUGUUUUAUUAGCUACAUGAUUCUUUCUUAAUUACCUCACAGUAGAGGCCAAAUCCAGCACAGCAGUUUUUUGUCUCAGGACACUUAACAGUCAAGAACUGUUCUUGGAAAGUAGAGGGGAAAGAACUCACAUAAAUGGGUUCCUGAUUCCUGUGCUUGCACCUAAGCACCUGAUCCAAAUAUCAGGCCCUAAAUGCAUGGGCCUGAAAGCAUCCAAAUCCUCUGUAGCUAGGUGGAUAAAAAGCUGUAUCACCGAAGCACACUCAGUCAAUGAUAAACCAAUUCCACAAGGAUGCAGAGCCCACUCAAUGCAUUGCACAACAGCCUCCUAGGCAAAAAGGGUGGCAGCCACUACAGAGGAAAUCUGCAAACCUACCACUUGGCCAUCUAUGAACGUGUAUAAAGCUCUACAGAUGUGAACAUGACAGUGUCAAGACCCACUCUCCUGGAGCGAUGUUAUUACAUCAGAACCGAAGCUUUCAUGAAAAAAGUAAGUUUCUAGCCCUCGUAGUUGCACAGAAAGUUUGAGAAGGUGAUCCAGGUGUUACCAGAGUGAUGUCUGCCUCUGUAUGCACGCUGCCUGAAACAAUAGCUCUGAGACAUAUGAACUGCCCCUGCCUCUCAAUGGGGUGUGAACUCUAAGGCCAGCCUGAAAGGGGCACUGUGUGUGGCCUGGCUCACCAAACAUUCACUGAAGCAGAUACACCCCGGCUCUUCGGGUAAGUAUGUAAUGACCCCCUGUUGCCACUCUUGUCCUUUGCAGGAUGAAAGAAGUAGAUGCCUAUUGGCUUGCAGGGAGAGGGACUCUGCUCCUUCUCCCAGAGAGAAGGAGCCCCAUGCAAGGCCUUUGCCUCUCUGGAAAGCAAGGGGAAUCCUUCUGCCACUGCCCCUGCUGCUCUUGAGAGGAAUGGGGACUCAGCUCCUACUCCAGGGGGAAGUGUCUCCUCCCAGCUGUUGCCACUGCCUGUCCUGGGAGGACGAGAACCCUAGGCUGCCCAUAGAGAAGUGGUGUCUGGCCACCUACCAGUCCAGCAGGUACCUGUUAUGUAGUUUUUCUCUACAAUUCCACGUGGGGGCAAGGUCACAGCAGCCCCAUAUAAUGGUGUCUCUAGGGCCCUGGAUUGCCUUCAUCUAGAGACUGGGAGAGAGGUCAGGAUCCAGAAUGGAAAAUGUAUUACCUGUAAAUGUGAAUAAAGUAGUAUUGUUUCUUUUCUGGACUAACCACUUGCUUAGCCUUCCCCACCUAAGACAAGUUCUUCAGGUAUCUGUGAAGUGAUCUCUUCAGAUUAAAAAGCAUUACUACCUAAAACAUUAUAUAUAAUCUACUAAUAAGAAUGGAAUGUUUCCUUACAGCUUUGGGAGUACUCAUGUGGAUAUGGGGCACAGCCAAUAGACCCCUGGACAAGUCUGAACUGCCUCCAAUAUUCUAAGAAGCGUGAGACAGCACGACCAAGCUUGGGUUAGGGGUCGGGUCAUUCCCAGAAAAUAAAGUAUCAGGUAACAAAUGUACCUCUCCAUAAAGGUUUUAUCAGUCUUGCACAGACAAAGCUGAGUAAUGAACUAAUGUUGCCAGCCAUUUUCUGCUGAAAAGAGGUCUAGAUCAAAGAAAAUACUUUCUUCCAAAGACCACAUAAAAUCCAAAAUAUGUAGAAUUCAAGUAGGAGUGAUUUGAAGCUGGAAGCACCAUUGCUCACUAUAAUAACAAUCAGGUUUCAGAAUGGGAGUCAUGUUAGUCUGUAUCAGCAAAAAGAACGAGGAGUACUUGUGGCACCUUAGAGACUAACAAAUUUAUUUGAGCAUAAGCUUUCUCUCAUUAUAGUUAG